AGUUUGUAUUAGUUGAACGAGCGGAGGAAGCAGCGCCGGGGAGGGAGAUGUUUUAACGCCGCGGAUACGGCCGGUUCACUGCCCCGUUACGGCAGAUGCGGAAUGAUUUGGAGGUUCAGCCGCGACGCGUAAAAAUCGUGACCGCGUUCUCCGUCUGCGAUGCCUGAAUCUUCCCAGGCUGCGUUCACAAGGAUGCCUCAGAUGAUAACUGCGCAGGGAUGCCUCCGCUGAACAUGGACAAACAGGGCGUCUGUUACAAUGAUGAAGGCUCCUUGCUUUUUGUUUUGAACGGGGGCCACCCACGGAAUCACUGCAACGCUCGCCAUGGACAACUUUAACGUUCCUCUCAUCCACCGUUCCCAUGAAGAACAUUGCGCAGUGCAGUGAAAAGGCGAAAUCGUGUUGUGGCUUUCGAACUGGUGCUGAAUAUAUUACCUAAUCAGCUCUUAUUCAACUGGGUAUAAAUUCCCAGUCCAGCCUAUACACACACUACAGAGCGCGUUGGUGCAUUGUCAAUGUAAAGAGCUUUGUCCAGUGGUGAGAGCCACUCUCCGAGGGUACAGAUGAGAGGCAAACAAUAUCAUCCACCACUGAAGUUGACAGCGCCUUGGGAGAAGGAUGCUGGCUUUGGGAGGAAGCUUAAAACCUACAGGAAUCAUACCAAGAUAAUAGCACAGCCAGGGAUCGUGAUGAAAGUGCUCCGCAGGAAGAGGAUUGUGUUAUUUAUGGCCUAUUUCUUGCUGCUGGUCCUCACUAUGCUUAACCUGGCUAAUUAUAAAUGGACUAAAGAGCCACAGCAGUGUAACCAUCAGAUGAGGAGCACCACUUAUCAGAGCAGAUCUGACAUUCGCUUCCUGUACAGGCCCUCUCUGGCUAAAAAGAGACAGCUUAUCUACGUUCUGACCACCUGGAGGUCAGGCUCGUCCUUUUUCGGGGAGCUUUUUAACCAAAAUCCUGAAGUGUUCUUCUUGUACGAGCCGAUGUGGCACAUCUGGCAGAAACUGUACCCCGGUGAUGCGGUGUCUUUACAAGGGGCAGCCAGGGACAUGCUCAGCUCCUUAUACCGCUGUGAUCUGUCUGUUUUCCAACUUUACAACAGCCCCGGGGGCAAGAAUUUUACCUCCCUAGGACUAUUUGGGGCCACCCUCAACAAAGUGGUGUGCUCCUAUCCCCUCUGCUCAGCCUACAGGAAGGAGGUGGUGGGGAUGGUGGAUGAUAAGGUGUGUAAAAAGUGCCCCCCUCAAAGCCUUAGACUGUUGGAGGAGGAGUGCCUCAAAUAUAACACCAUAGUCAUUAAAGGGGUGCGCAUUUUGGACGUAAACGUGCUGGCUCCUCUCAUGGAGGAUCCAUCGCUGGAUUUGAAGGUGAUACACUUGGUCAGAGACCCGCGGGCCGUGGCCAACUCCAGGAUCAAGUCCAGACAUGGCCUGAUAAGGGAGAAUUUACAGGUGGUCCGCAGCAGGGACCCUAAACUUCGCAGGAUACCUUUUGUGGAUCCUGGUCACAAAGCCAACAAGAAGGAUGGCUCAGACUACCACUCCAUCGGAGCCAUGGAAGUGAUCUGCGACCGCACCUCCAAGACUUUGAGGACUGCCUUAAACCCACCCAGCUGGCUGAAGGGGAAGUACAUGGCCGUACGGUACGAGGACCUGGUCGACAACCCGGUCAAGACCCUGAGGAACAUCUACCGCUUUGCCAACCUCACCACGAACCAUGACAUCGAGUCGUUUGCGUUGAACAUGACCAGCGGCUCCAGUUCCUCCUCUAAGCCAUUUAUAGUCUCCUCCAGGAAUGCCACACAAGCUGCUAGUGCAUGGAGAACAGUGCUCAGCAUUCAACAGAUCAAACAAGUGGAAGACUACUGCCACCACGCCAUGUCUGUUCUAGGGUACGAAAGAGUGAGAACAGCCGGGGAGGCCAAGGACUUGAGCAAAUCACUGCUGACACACUCCAAACUGUGAAAACAUCCUCACCACCAAAGACCUUUUAAUUUAAUGUUCUUUUUUUUUUUUUUUUGCAUCGAGUGCCGUUUCCUCUUAUUGUGGAAUUAAAGCUUUACUUUCAAUCAGUGUUUGAGGAGCUCCACUGGCCACAUUUUGGAAUGUAUCAUGUUCCCCUCAGUUGAGCUGCGGUCGUGUUUGAAGGGACCACUUCUUUUCUACUGGAACACUGGAUGUGUUUGACAAUGCAAAGGCCUGUGAACAAUGACUUGAAUAGUGAAGCUGCAACUAUGAAAAAAAAAGCAACUGUAUAAAUCAUGUAUCUUGUUAUGAUGACACUUCAAAGUGGAUGUUUUGGGGUUAUUUUUGAAUGUUCAAAAUCUUACAAAAAUUUUUCAGUCUCCAUACUGUCUGUAAAAGUGAAAAUAGUGGAUGAAAGGAAACAAAAAAAAACAACUGAUAGAAAAAAACCCCUCAACCCUAAUGUUUAUUUGUAAGAUCUGGUUGAAGUCAGAGACAAUCAAUGAAUUGGUUUGUUGAUGUGUCAUAGGUAGAGGUGCCAUCAGAACAGCAGUAGUGCUAUUUCUAGAUUUAAAAACAAAACAAAAAACAAAACAAAACAGGGGAUUUCUUGCUUUUUUUUUUUUUGUUCACCGAAUCCUCAUAGGAUGAUAUCAUGCACUGUGGACAAUGUCAUAACGCUGGAGCUGCAAAGUCUCUCUCAGUGUCAGUGUGAGCAGUCUGUUCUACCAUUUCAAAUGUUUACAAUUGCUUGCUCUUAUAAAAACACAUGAUCUGGGAAUAUUGCAUUGAGUAAAGUUCACAGUUAACAAGA